AAAAAGCGACUGCCCGGACCGGCACACGCUUAGUGUGAGCCUGCGUGAGCCUCAACGAUGAAAUCCCUGUUCGUGUUCGCCCUGCUGCUGGUCGCCGUGGCGGCCUACGCGCCCCGCAACAAUCAGCGCGUCUUCGGCGGCGACAUUGCCACCGCCGGCCAGUUCCCGUACACCGUUGGGCUGAUCACGCGCAUCAACAUUCUGCUGACUGGUCAGUGUGCCGGUUCGCUGGUGUCGGCCAACUUCAUCCUUACUGCUGCCCGCUGCGUCUCUGGCAUUCAGAGUGCCGUCGCCGUGCUCGGUGGACUGCGCAUCAACGAACCCAACGAACCGGGCGCAGUGCGCAUCACUGUGACCGACUUCAUCAUUCACCCGCAGUACGAGGCGGAGCCGGACGUGUUCGACGUUGCUCUGGUGCGCCUGCCGCUCCCGGUGCCGUUCAGCGACAACAUUCGGCCAGUGCGCCUGCCCAACCUGCGCCAGGUGGAGGCCACCUUCAACGGCCAGCAGGCAACCGUGACUGGCUGGGGCCGCUUUGGCGAGGGUACGGCCAACUCGGAGGUGCUGCGUUUCGGUCGCUCCCAGGUCAUCUCGACGCUGGCCUGCCGGCUCAGCCUGCCGACCAACACGAUCCUCGACCAGCACGUGUGCACGGACGGUGCGAACAGCUCGCCGUGCCAGGGCGAUGUCGGCGCUCCGCUGACGAUCGUGGACGCGGACGGCAUCACCACCCAGAUCGGUGUGUUCUCGUUCAUCUCGAUCCUGGGCUGCGAGUCGGGCCGUGCCGCGGUGCACACGCGCAUGUCCUCCUAUCUGAACUGGAUCGGCGACAACUCGGACGUCGAAAUUCGCGAUAACUUCUAAUCCAACCGCUUAUAAACGAUAACAAACAACAAAAAAAAAACACUACACGGUUGACAAAUAAACACGAAACCGAAGGGACUAUCUUAUCGUAA